AUGGCCGCGCAGGGCGAUAUCUCCAAGGUUGACCAGGCGCUGUCGAAGAAGUCGCGCCGAAAGCGCAUGAGUGCGUGCAUUCGUGCAACUCGACGUCGACUGGAGACGCGGUCAGAUGAGGUGGAAACGGCUGUCUCUUCGCUCAUGGCGCAGAGCACUCCAGGGAUGAAGGAGUUCACAGAGGAAGAGGCUGUCAAUCAGCUUUUCUCAUUGACAGUUUUCGCCUGCUACGAGCACGUAGACAACCAGACUAUCGCCGAGGUCCUGCAGGGAUCAGAGCAGCUCGACGAAGAGAAGGGCUUAACAGUCUUCAGGGACGUGCUCUCCGCACGGCGACCCAGCAGGGCACAAAUGGAGCUUUACGAGGCUGUGGUCCAGGAGGAGCAAGCUCGUCUGCUUGAGCAGAUGACACCAGAUGACAUGCCCGGUGCCUUGGGCAAUAUCGGCCGAAAGAUGUCCACCGCCACGAAGGCGGCUUACGUGGUCUCUGUGCUAGCAGGCGCGGGGGGGCGGUUGGGAUCUUGGGUGAGCCGGCCGGGACCUCAGCCUCAGCUAGCGCCAAAGGCCAUGGCCUACAGGCAAACCAGCACCGACAGCCAUGGAGGCGGAGAGGUGCAUGAGGUGGACACAAACGGCGCCUUCAACUUCAAGAACCGCGCCAUCUCCAAGACGAAUGCAUCGCCGAGCAAGGGCGCUGGCCUGGCCGGGCUGAGCCUGCGCAAGAACAUGGGAGCGGCACCAGUCAAGAUCGAGACUCCUCGGACUGGGCGGCGCGUGUCAGGUGCCGGGGCAGACUUCUUCGAUGGGGAGAACAUCGAUGACAUCGUGAAGUCGUUGAUCAGUACGAAGAAGAUAGACUCAGCCUGGCAGCGAAUUUCGAGGCGAGUGGCCACCCUGGAAUCGUACAUACAGCACCUCCGAGGUGGCGAGGGAGAUGACACCUUCCUCACGCGCAAGGAGUUCAUCGAAUUUCUGCAGAGCCAAGAGAGCAAUGAUGACGGGCAGGAAGAUGGCAGUGAGGAGCACGCCGACGCCGAACAGCCAGAAGAGCCCCAGGAAGAUCCACUCCUGCUCCAGAUCCGAGAAGAAUUGAAGGCUCAGGAGGAUGCGAACACGAACGCGUUGAAGCAAGCCAUGGAAGGUGCCCGCCAAGCUGACGAAGCCAAGUGGAUUCGGUUUGGCGAGCUGGAGGACAAGUACAGGCAAUUGGAGGCCACUUUGGAGGAGGAGCGCUCGGACCGCGGCUUCGCCGAGGCAGCCUUCAAAGACCAGUUGCAACAGUUCUCAAGCGUCUUGGAGGAUCUGGAGCCGCGCAUGCAAGCCUUUGCCACCAGUGAGGCUCGCCGGCACAUUUCCCAGUUGCUCUUUCGCGAUGGCGACACGGAAGCACAGUGGGUCAGCGAGCCGACCAGGGUGGUCGAAGAGCUCUCCAGCUCUGCCGGCGAGGCGGACUUGCCAGAGGCGCCUCCAGCAGGACAAGUUCCCGCAGAGACGACCAUGCUGGAGGUGCCUGCUUCUCCGCCCGAGCGCCCACUUUCAAGUGCGUCGGCUGUGUCCCGGUCCUUGGAGGUGUCAGAAGCAGAGAGGCUAGCGCGGCAGCAUGCAAAGGUGCUUCACGCAGCGGAGGAGACUUCGGAUGGCCUCUGCCACAACGCAUAUGAGUGGCGGGUGGCUUUGCUGGACCUCGUGCACACGGGCCUUGUGGAGCCAUUGCGGGAGGAGGUUGACAGGCUGCAGCGGGACAUUUCGAGGCAGCGUGACGAUUUCCAAAAGAAGAUACGGGAGAAGGAGAAAGAGAUCAUCGAGGCCAAGCUGAAGGGCCAGAAGGUCGCCAAGGAUCUUCGAGAGGAGGCAGAUAUGAGGAAGGGCGAGGCGGUUGAGAACAUCACUUCUUUCCAGAAGGUCUAUAAGUUGAUCCUCGAGGCGGGGCAGAAAGCCGCCGGGGACAAUGACAAGGCCCUGGACAAGAUCCGUGGUGUUCAGGGGCAG